CACUCGCGCCCGGCGUGUCGAUACAAAGAAUUCUCGUGCAGGAUGGAUCGAGAACAGCCGUGAGACGCUUCUCCCCUGCCGUCUUCGACUGGCCGAUAGAGUUGUGGGUUCCUCUGAGUCUCAUCAAUCCCACCGCUGCCAUUGGCCGAGAGCGCCCAACUCGGCGACGUCACUCGAACCGCUCUGUCACUCUUUCUUUGCGAGAAACAACGACAAGCACUCAGCCACUGUGCUUCUACGCGUUCGUUGAAACUGGGAAGGAAGCUAUCGAUUUUUAAUCUUGGCCAUCGAGAAACAACAGUUUGAAUCUCCUGGAGCGUCAUGGCGUGUCCCAUCACUGUCUCCAAGUUCGUCGGCACGGUCUCUCUCGGGUUACUGACAGGCCUGUCGUAUUCGAAUGCUGCCAUCACCAUCCCCUCCCUUCAGCUCCUGCCGACUGCCGCACAUGCCUCCCGCGCGCUGUCCGACGUCCAACGGCUCACCCGCAAACACGUCGUGCGUCUGACCAACAUCACCACGGGAUGUCUAUUAUUCUCGUACACAAUCUCGCCGAAACACAGAAAACACCCGUAUCUUGUCUGGAUGGUUGCUGUGGCGGCCGUCGGCUCGUACGGAGUGGACUACUGGUUCCACCGCCAGCUGGGUGUUAAGGGCUGGGCUCUGAGCCUGUUCCGGGACAGCGGGCGCUUCUUUUUGUCCUCCAAGGGCAAACAGCCUGUUGCGAAGAAAGAGGACGAUCUUGUCGUCGUCGAGGCGGAGGAGAGUGCCAACGGGGAGAGCGUCCAGCGGGCGAUGGACAGGGAACGUAGACAGCAACGGAUCCGCGUCUGGCUGUCGGGGACCGCGUUCGUGAUGGGAAUCGUUGGCCUGUGGGGGGAUAAAUCUUGAAUUCCCCCUGACUAUUUAUAACUUAUAUCUUCGCUUUUCCUCUGCCAGUUUGGGACCCUUUUUUCGACUAUAUAUAUCUGGCGUUGAGGUAUAGGUCCAAGCGCGAUCGGUUGGUAAAUCUCUACGGCGCCUUGGACUUGGAAGGAUAUCAAGCUUAUUCAAGAAGUGCAAUAUCUACUAUCUUCUCUUUAUCCUUCUCUUUUGUGUAUUUUACUAUUUAUACUGAUUGAAAUCAAGCUGGCUUGUCUUGAACGUGGU